AUGGGCUCAUCGGAAGCGAUGGGGCCGGACACGCCAUCCGCCAGAUCGACUGCGCCUCUCCUUGUCCUUGAGGGACGGCCCCGUAGGAAGAGCCUCAACGUGCAAUUCAAACUUGCGAAACUCCGGCAGCGUAUGUGGGAUAAGAGACAGUGGAAGAAAGCUGCAACGGCCGCGUUGAAGGAUGUCGGAGCCGUCGACUGGUUCGCGACUAUGAUCUCAAUAUUUGCCCUAGGAUGGAUCACAGCACUCAUUCUUCUAACCUUCUUCCUCGGUAUCUCGUCCAUUGCAUGGGGCUCUAAUGCCUGUCAACCAGAUGGCAACUUCGAUGUUUUUCAGAAUGCCUAUAACCUUUGGUCGGCAUCUGGGUUCUUCCAGAUCACGUUGGGCUGGGGCAGGUUGUCUUUCGCAGACGCGAAGGCCAUUGACGUUGCGUGGGACAUUGUGUUUGGCCGCGGCGGUCAAGCCUUGCUUGCGUCGACCUCUUGGAGAGCGUUCGCAGACUACACUGCAGUCUCCAUGCAAGCCAGGCCUGUGACCUACCAGACGUUCCAGACGAUUUUCCUCCAGGACCAACCCGGCAUUUGGCCAACGUUCUACCUCGCACGCGAUUUUGUUCGUUCUCGUGGAUUGCAAUCUCGAGUAAUGAUGACUAUCAUGGUCUUUGUUGCGGUUUUCAUUCUGCUGUUCCCUACACUUGGAAGUGCAAUGACGGGAUACUCGGCAAACAAUGACGCUUAUAUCAUAGGAUAUGACGGCAGCCUGAAACCGUUUUCCGAUUUCAAAGUUGCCGCGUACGUCAUUCAUGAAGCCCACAGAAUUAACAUGACUGGCGAUGUUGUGCUCACCUAUUAUGCCGUACGAGAUGUCCAGAAAUACGGAUUUUACGGACUGGAGGAUAAAGAAUCUACUUGGAUGGGUCGAUCUCUUCCAGCGCCCAUCCUCAACAUCUCAGCAACAUGGCUGCUUCCAUCUGGAGAGAUGUACGGCUGGAACUGGACCGACCCUCGCACAGGCCAGCAACCAUUCAAAGACGGAAAUCAGGCGACUUACGCAUUUGGGAAUGAAAUCUACCCCCUCAGCUAUGUGAAAGGAUACGGAAGCUGCCAGCCCACGAGAGAACGUGAUUCCAUCGCCGAAUCUGUGCGUGAAAGCUACGAAUGGGGCUUCUCAUACCUUCAGCUGUUUAUUCUGAUAACCCUCUUGCUGGUCUGGACCCUCUGCAUUGCCUACAUGUGGAUCAAGGCUCGUCUGACGAUGCGGAUGAGGCGGACAUACGACGUGCCAAAAGAGUAUAAGGGUGUUUUGGAGCUGUCCGAUGCCAUUCGGAAACAACUCCAAGAGUCCGACCCGGACGACCUCUCCCACAACCAGCUCCGCGAGGAGAUCAAGAAGCGCCUGGGGGGGGGAAGCAUCGAGCUCGAUAGAGUAGACGCGCCGGAAACGUACGACCUCUGGCGAGGGACGUGGGCGUAUUGCAAAGACGAAAAAUGGUGGCUAUUCGCCAUACUGGGCAUGCUGGGACCCUGUGUGGCGCUUACCUUGUACGAUAAUUCCUUCGGAUGGUGGAUGCUCGUUCCUAUACUCACCGCAAUACUUGCCAUGCUCGUGGGCCGCUCGAUAGAGAGUAGAUGUGUUCUCGUUCUUGUCGGUGUUAGCCUGGGCACCGUCAUAUUUUUGGGAGCCUGGUAUGGUCAGCGGAGGUCCUAA